AAAAAUGAAUAUUUAUUUCUGCCAAGCUGUCCACAUAAAAGAGACAAGUGUAGUUAGAUGCAGAGUUUUAUUGCCACUGAGGAGUCCCCAACCAAACAAGUGGCCAGGAAGUCUCUGCUAUGCGCUCCUCUAGGAACAGAAACUUUAAUUAAUCCCGCCAAAUUUUCGGCAAAUUUUAAUUCCAGUUUUAUUUCAACUGUUUUCAGAAUAUUUGAGGUCAACACAGAGAGAUUAACUCAAGAUCAGUAAUUUCAACAUAAUGAUUCAAACAAAGGAACUCAACGUAUUCAGUCACGUGACCAUGAUCUCUCUCGUGGGCGUAGCCUUUUGCCUUCUCUCGUCUCUGAAUUCACAGUUUGUCGCGGCGAUGUCUGUCCAUGCUGCCGCCUCUGGAGACCGUAGGACCAAUGUGGCCGUAGACAAAGAGAUGAACAAGAUCAUGGCGUCAGGCGGCGGCUUGGAGCUAAUGGAGAUCCCCCAGUCGCCAGAAGACGAAACCUACGCGAGGGCGCCUAACAGUGUGGGUGAGAGCGAAGAAGAUGACUUCCCAGUUGACGACGCUGAGAGCGUCUACGCCCAUGAUAAGUCACGCCUCGUUCAAAAUAAUCCCAAGCUACGCUUCAACAAAAGGUAUCGUCUGCGAACCAGCAAGAGGAGACUUCGAUUCCAGAAAAAGAAACAGCCUUACGGCGACGAUUCCGAAUACGGCAGACCGGAAGACAGCGGAAGCGCCUACGAAAGAGAUCUCCGGGGACCAAGGUUGAGGUUUCAUGCGCACGAUGUGAGAAAGAGAUCUACCUACUGGGGAGAUGCGGCUGAGGAUCUGGACCGCGAGCAGUUCCGACAGCGCAGGUCCUCGCCGUUUGUACGCCUCGUCAAGCGAGUCCCCAUCGGCAAUGACCUCCUAGCCUUGGCGGAUCUCUUGUUCAUAGAGCGGCAGAAGCAGGCGUAUAGUGCUUUAAAGGCGAUGAUGGAUGAGGCGGGAAAGCGGUGAACGCCAGGAGUCGCCACAUUUCCCAUUUAAACCCCAAAAAACAGUUCUGAGGGAUAUAUUUCAUACAUUAUACAUACGUUUUUAUAACUUUCCGGAUUUUGAACCGAUGCAAAGACUUAUAGCCCAUUAGAACUAUAUUAGCGCUAAAUGCUGAACGUAUACAAAGUCUAUAUGCUGUUCUAAAUUAUAUUUUCCAAUACUAAACUAAUUAAUUCUAAUCAUUAUAAUUAUACUAUUGAAGGUUGAAAAUAAUAUAGUUCAGUGAUGCCCAAAAUACGGCCCGCGGGCCAGAUCCGGCCCGCAACGUGGUUCCAUCCGACCCACCUUAACCUAGGCAAAAAAAGUGUAGCGUCGAUGUUUUAUAAGACAACAGUUAAACAACAUUUUGAAAUUAAUAUGGGAAUACCAAAAAGAGACCCCCCCCAAAAAAAAGAGUCGGUGUUAAAGCUAGCUACAUUGUUGCAUGCAUGUUAAAUAGAGAAAUGAAGUUUUUUUUUCUGACGAUAAACUUGAAAUUUAAGUGCUAGAUCCAUGGGUUUUUCCGAAAAAUAGUUUCAGGUAAAUUUUGUUUCUUUUGUAUCUUUUCGGUCAUCUGGCUCGGGACGCGAGGGUUAGAAAUGAAAAUAGCCCGCAGGUCAAUAUAGGCUGGGCAUCCCUGAUAUAGUUAAAGAAAAACAUACUUUGUUUAGUUUCGUGUAUUAGUGUCAUAUUAUGCUGAAAUCGUAGGCAAGGGUUGAUGUAAUACAUUUUUUUGAAUAUUUAUAAAUGGUAAGACAAAUUUACAUAUUUAUAUUACUUUUUCUAAAAUAAAUAUAUAUAUAUUAUCUCCAUCUAUAUCAA